GAGGAGAAGAAGAAACUAUGUGCAGCUAUAAGCUUUCACAUUCCCGUGUUUCCAUGUCAAACGAAUAGCCCUGAUAGAUGCGUGUCUUAUGGCUGCUGCUUUGAUUACGAUCUUGGUUAUUGCUUUAACGCCCCAGGUAUUUCUUUACACUCAGUUAUUUGUUAUAUACGAUAACAAUGGUCGAGUAGUGGUUACACGUUCGGUGGUAUUGUGUAUAAUUACCGGAUGAGGUUGAGUAGGAUGUGAAGAAUUAUGCAGAUCGAGGGGGAUGUUAUCCACCGAGGCUGAAGGCCGAAGUGGAUAAUAUCCUCUGAGAUCUGCACAAUUCAAUACAUCGUAUCACAGCCUAAUUCAAUAAUUGUUUUAUUAUUCAUUCAAAAUAUUCUUAAGUUCUUAAGUUCAUGAUUACCUCUUCGUAAACUUUCUUCAAAACCUUGACUUAUUUCUUGCACGGUUAAAGCAUAUAAACAGAUGAUUUAUCUUGCAGAUACUCCUCAAAAAGUAGAUAACAUCCAUCGAGCAACAUGCUUUGCAUAUCUUUCAUUUCUUCCAUUCAGUUUAAGUCAGAAAUUUAGCUAUUUCGUGUUCUAACAUCAGUUUACGCUAUUUUUUUAAUUACUAUUGCUAGAGCAGCCUCGUUUCCAAUCCAAUAUAUAUCAUCUAAUCGAUGGCCCGCAUCGCCUUGCUUCCACUAUCAACUGAAAAAGAGACUGAAUGGCUCAAAAUGACAGCCGGACAACGGACAAAUCGUGUUAUGUUCAACAUUUUUAAGGUCAGAGGAGAGAACUGACCGAGCUAUAGUUUCUUUGGCCGGUCAACAUGCAACAGUCCCAAAUUUAUGAACUCAGCGUCAGAUUCUAUUUGCCGCCCACCCCGACUGAAGGGUUGAUUUUUUUUUUUGGAUAAUCCAGUCAAUGUCGAUCCAUGAUUUUUGCAGAUUCAAAAGAAAGCGUCUGAAUGGGGUAUAGUGUUUAGUGUUAUUUGCUCAUAAUUUUAGUGUUUACUGUUAAUUUGGCCAAAGUUUUUAAUGUUCACUGUUUCUGGAGAAAAUACUGUCAAGUGUUUGGAGGGUUUUCGUGAAAAACAAAAACCCAUAGUCUUUUGGCAUUGUCAACUCUUGUCUGCUCUUGAAAACUUUUUCGGACAACGACCGAAAACUCCUUGAUAUACCAAAAAAAAUAAUAUUGGCUUUUUUGGAACCACCAUUCUGGAAAAAAAUUUUACUGCUACGGUGAAUGUUUUACUAUUAGGGUUAAAAUGCCAAAAACUUAACUGUUUUAUGUUGCUUUUUCUACGAAAAAUAGCCCAACGUUGGGAGUGAAAUGUGAAAACAUAAACUUCAGAAAAUCUUACGAAAUUUAUCAGACAAGCUUCGAAAAUUGUACAUGAAUGGAACGGGCAUCAUUUUUAGCCGUCCUUAACCAAUAGAAAUUUGUAGGCCAUUUUCGCUUUUCCGAACAGAUAUUUUACAGAAAACAGUUGUUGGAUGAACCCUACCAAGCCACCUCAUUAACAUCAUCAUCAUCAUCAUCAUCAUCAUCAUCAUCAUCAUCAGCUUGGCUUUUUGUAAAAGUCCCUGAAAAACGACGGCACAAUUUCCUUAGCUUUGAGACCCUGAGUACUGUCUGUUGCGGCCUCAAAUUUGGAAAUUAUUUUGACCUUACAAUUGACCCAGGUGCCUAGAUAUCGGAUGAAGAAUUAUUUAAAAUUAUACUUGUUGUCACAACUUUAUUGCUACAAAAUUUAAUUUAUUUUAUCUUACUUUGACUUCAUGUAGAUAACGUGUGUGACGUAAACAAGUACGACAGCAACAGAAGGAACUGUGGAUGGAAAGGAAUCACCAAGACGGAAUGUGAAAACAGAGGAUGCUGCUUUGAUGAUGCGAUUUACAGGAAUCACAUACCGACUUACGACUGUCAUUAUCGGCUGUAAGUUUAUUCUUUUGUUUAUUUUGUGAAUAUAUAAGCUCACCGAUAAACCUCAUAAGGGGAUGAGGAAGUUUCUUACAGACAUUUGCCAACAAACAGCUACUUAAAAUGCAAGAAAGUUUAGAAAAGGUAACGUAUCUGAUUUCGAUUUUGCCAGCGUGACAGGUUUUCGGGGAAUUUUGCUGUGAUGCAAAUAAAACUCGCAAAAAAGGUAUUUUAUGUGAUCUCUUAUGAAAAUGAGAGUUUUUGGAAUUGGCAAACGGGUUGUUAGAUCUUAUUUAGAGAAGAAUGGUUAUGAAACCCAGCCCGUCAGACACCUUUGUUACAUGUUCUUUUUGUGGACUUGACGGUGGUCAAAGCUCAAUGGCAUUCCUAUCAUUUUUAUCUUUCUGUUAGCUAAUAGUUAUUAUUAAAAACUGAGUCAUUGAAAAAUGCAAUUCUAGAGUUCUGAUUGGCUUAGCCAUCAUGGUAUAUGAGCCAUUAUACCAUGUUCUCGAGAUAUGAUAACUGUACGCGUCUGCUCAAAAUUAAAAACAAGCCUGAAAUCGGUUGUUUUUACUAAUAAAGUCAGGAAGAAUUCUUCAUAUUUUGUGGGCCCUUCUAAUAACACAAUUAUUCCACUCGACCUUGUUGGAUAUGAGAUAAUUAUAGCCAACGAGGCGCGUAGCUAUCCAACGCGAACUCGUGGAAUAAUUAGCAAUUAAUUAAUGAGGCUGAGUAGGAUAUGAAGAAUUAAAGGGACUGUGACACGCUUCUGCGCAUGUGCGACAACUUGAUUUCUUUCCGGCGGACAGUUUUUCAAGAUUGGCGUUUUGGUGAAGAAAUCCUCUUCCAUCGACCCUGAGACGCUCGAGAAAGCCAUAAUAUCAGUAUUCAAGAGCUAUUUGGUCCAUUUGGGAAGUUUUAAACGCUAUAUUUUGUAUUUUUGUGCAAGUAUUGUCGAGAAAAUUCAAAGUCAUUGAGGAUAACCGUACGAAGCCAUGUUCGUUGUUGUCAGUGUUCAUACAAACAGAUCAAAUGUGGCCUUUAAUGUGGUCAUCUGGCUUUCAUUUCUGUCUAUUAAUGUUCUCCAGUCAACGAUCUNCAAUGGCAUUCCUAUCAUUUUUAUCUUUCUGUUAGCUAAUAGUUAUUAUUAAAAACUGAGUCAUUGAAAAAUGCAAUUCUAGAGUUCUGAUUGGCUUAGCCAUCAUGGUAUAUGAGCCAUUAUACCAUGUUCUCGAGAUAUGAUAACUGUACGCGUCUGCUCAAAAUUAAAAACAAGCCUGAAAUCGGUUGUUUUUACUAAUAAAGUCAGGAAGAAUUCUUCAUAUUUUGUGGGCCCUUCUAAUAACACAAUUAUUCCACUCGACCUUGUUGGAUAUGAGAUAAUUAUAGCCAACGAGGCGCGUAGCUAUCCAACGCGAACUCGUGGAAUAAUUAGCAAUUAAUUAAUGAGGCUGAGUAGGAUAUGAAGAAUUAAAGGGACUGUGACACGCUUCUGCGCAUGUGCGACAACUUGAUUUCUUUCCGGCGGACAGUUUUUCAAGAUUGGCGUUUUGGUGAAGAAAUCCUCUUCCAUCGACCCUGAGACGCUCGAGAAAGCCAUAAUAUCAGUAUUCAAGAGCUAUUUGGUCCAUUUGGGAAGUUUUAAACGCUAUAUUUUGUAUUUUUGUGCAAGUAUUGUCGAGAAAAUUCAAAGUCAUUGAGGAUAACCGUACGAAGCCAUGUUCGUUGUUGUCAGUGUUCAUACAAACAGAUCAAAUGUGGCCUUUAAUGUGGUCAUCUGGCUUUCAUUUCUGUCUAUUAAUGUUCUCCAGUCAACGAUCUACCUUUGACGGAUAUUCUUUAAACGAUAAAUUUGUAAAGAGAGUUAAAAACGGUUUCCUCGAUACAGCCGUGGACCGCUAAUAGGACGCAGCUGCGAGUGAAGCUGAUCUGCGACAUGACUGCAACAAUUUAAUUUAUCGAGUGCCUGGAAACAGAAGGAGAAAACCCAGCAAUCUUUUGUUGUGCAGGAAGUCGUGUGAGGUUUGAGGAAACAAUCCAUAGAACAUGAAACGUUUUAACAGGCAUUUGAUUUAUGACUCCGAUCCGUAGAACGUAUAGCAGAAAGUACUAACAACAGGCCGCGCGAUCUUUACUGAUGUAGUUUACUCGGAAUGUUCCUUGUAUCUCUUCUGUAUGAACGUAGAUGUUUAAGAAUUGAUCUUUUAAAAAUAAAUUGUUGCCUGAAUGUUCCGUUUAACAUCUGGUUUCUUUAUGUGUUGAAUCGAUAAUGUUUGUUUUGCGGAACACCCGACGCAACGACUCGGAAGGAAUUUUUUUAUGCCAUAGUGAUGGGCUCCUGUUUAUGCCUUUUCUUGCGUUGUUCUUUUAGAAUAAUCUUUAUACUUAUACGUUAUGUGGCUACUAUUACAAUGAAAGCGUUUUACGAUGAAGCGCUAAGAAUUGCUUUCAAACACUGCUACGAUUUUCAGCUGGUAUCAAUCGACUGAGCUUCAGUUGGCACAGUGUUCAUCGCGCUAGCAUAUUUUAUUUUAGCGCGCAUUUAGCUGGCAUUUUAAGCAAAUCGUUUGCCUCAUCCUAUACUGUGUGUUUUGAUCACCGGUCAGGAGCUAUUUGCAGGUAUUUCUAAGUUUAAAUAGGGUAAACAGAGAGAUCAGUAAGGUUUGUUUACAAAUUAUUUUUGUUUGCGGAUCGGAGACUGGUUCUCUAGCGUGGGUACGUAAAAAUACACUUAUAGGUAAAUGUUUGUUUCAAAGUAGGACAGGGUUGUUAAUCUUAUUAUUAUCAGCUGCAACAUUUAUCUGAGGAAUACCAGAGAAUAAAUAUGAAUUAUGGGGAUAUAUAAAAUCGAAUAAAAGCGUCCGGAAGACUCCCGCUUCGCGAACAAUGAAUCUUGAAUUAUGUAAAUUUCCUCGCGUGCAUCUUACUCGCUUCCGAUUGGUUCAAAGACAUCCAGCUACUGUCACAGCUCACACAUGCGCACUAUCGUGACACAGUCCCUUUAACCAGAUCGAGGAGGGUGUUAUUCACCGAAGCCGAAGACCGAGGUUUAUAACACCCUCCGAGAUCUGCUCAAUUCUUCAUAUCCUACGAAAGCCGAAUUCACUAAUUGCUUUAUUAUUCAUUCAAAAUAAUUGUUAGUUUAAAAACAUUACUAAAACAUGCUUACCUGCAUAAAUGUUUAGUUCAUCUUCGAUAGUGUACCUUUAGGUUUGUCCAGCUCCGCAAAUAUUCUGCAAAUAGCAGAUGUCGCCCUCCGAGUUGUCUUCUUGCUGUUUUUGCUAUUAUUACGCCUAGUUACAGCUGUAGUUUUUACUCUUGAAAUGAGUGAAGUGUCCGCCAUUUUUAUCUUCACAACCAAAACAACUAAACCUCGUUCCCACGAUGCCUUAACCUGUAAGAACGCUGCAUUUUUUACGUCAUUUCUUCGUUAAAGUCAAACUUCUUCCAACUUUGGUCAUCAGUAACUGGUUAUGGUGAAUUAUGCGUGUGCUUUUAGCCAAUCAGAAUUGGGGAAAUAUUUGAAAUGAAUAAUAAUUAUUAAUUAACGUCGCAUUGAAUCGUUCCUUAACAAUUUGUGAACAACCAAGCAAAGGAUUGUACACCAUCAAGGAGCUCCCAAUAUCUUUGAUGUUUGCUUCCUUUGAUUAAUUUCAUUACCUGUCUCCGCUACUAACUGUGAUUUAAAGUUUAAUUGAAUUUAGAAAUAUGGAUUAUAAUUUGGUAUUAACAAGGAAAGGAAAAAGUAAGCUUGUCUUAGUAUUUAAAAAACGAGGAUUGUUAGUUAGUUAGUUAGUUAGUUUGUUUGUUUGUUUGUUUGUUUUUUUUUGUGGUAACACGACACAAGUCGUGUGUGAAAUGAAACUGUCUUGUUGAUAAAAGAAGACGAGUUUUCAAGGUCGACGAAGGAGUUAGAUUAUAACAAAGUGGAGUUGGAUGUGAGAGAUGGUUUAUUGCGUUACUAUUAAAUACUUAAACGCGUGAUACGUUAUGAUUGUUAGGGACAUGCCGAAAUGCAUAGUUUCUGAAAGAGAAAAUUGUGGAUAUGGAGGAAUAACCGAUCGAGAAUGUGUGAAGGAAUUGGGCUGUUGCUGGGAUUCCUCAGUUCGCGAUGUUCCCUGGUGCUUCCACGGAAGGUAAGCUCGCUACAUUUACGGUAUAGGGGUUGCUUAGAGUUUUACUUAACAACGAGUAACUUUGUUAAUAUACCAAUUGUGAAAAUUAAUUCAUACUUGUCUACGACUGAGGCUUGCGGCUAUAAAACAAAAAAAAUGUAUAAUUAUCCAUUGAUAAGCCUCAAAAUGAUUUCUUUUGUUUUAUUCCUCUAAGCCUCAGAGCCAAGCAAGAAUUUUUAUAAAUCGAAAUUGGUCUACUGUCUCAACAUUUUUACUGCAGUUGCCCUGCGAGUAGAGCCUAAUUUUGUCGUCUUCUUGAUCGAGAAGGAGAGAAGGAGGUUGUGUCUGAAUCGAUUCAUGCCUUGGAAGUGCGAGCAUUCGUUUACUGAAAAACCGACGGUCAUAACAGAGCCCGCUGUACCUGCACUGUACUGCAGCACUAUUAAUCCUGUUUUCGAAACUGUAUUCCAGCAACAUGCAACGCAUACUCAACAAAGACCUCAAUCGAUUCAUGCAGUCUUUGUCGAGAACGCCAAAACAAGCAAGCAAAAGAAAGGCUCUGCUUACAGAUUGCAUUACAGUGAGUGCUUCACUUUCACCUAACAAAACCGAUUUCAUUUUUCUUUUUUUCCUUAUCCUAUCCUAAAAUGUCUUAGUUACCGUAAAAUUCCGAAAAUAAGCCCCUCCAUGUAUAAGCCCCUCCAAAUAUAAGCCCCCCAAACUCGUAACGCAAAAAACCCUCCGUUAAAUCGCACCUCCAAAUAUAAGCCCCCGGGGAGCUUAUACUUGGAAAUUGCCCUUAAAUAAAAAGAAAAAUAAAGAAAAAACGGUAAAUUUCCUUCCAACUGUAAGGCUAGCCCAAUCGAUUUUGAAACGCAAAUUUCCCUCCUUAGAUAAGCCCCUCCGAAUAUAAGCCCCUCCAAUAAUAAGCCCCUCAAAAAAGGCCUUUGAAAAAUAUAAGCCCCGGGGCUUAUUUUCGGAAUUUUACGGUAUUCGGUCAUUUACUUUAUUUUUAUCGAUAAAUUGAGAUAGAUCAUUAUUAGUAUGUGUAAUCAAAUGGUGACGAGUGAAAUUAGCGAAUAAUUUCACGAGUAUACCAUUUGAUUACCUAUUAAUAACAUAGGUGACGAAAUACGUUAGCAAUCUUGGAUUUUUGACAUGUUUAUCCUGGAUCGUAUCGAUCGAGAACUCCACUCUCUCGAACGUUAAGAGCUUAAAUUUGGCUUAAGUUUAGAAUUUUUCGACAAAAUACCUGUUAGAAUCCUUCUUGAUGUGCUCUAUCGCGUGUUCAGGUUUUGUAAAGCGUAUUUUUAUGCCCUGGCAUCUUCAUUCAUGACAUUUUAAAACUUCGUCGCCAUCUUGACACUGAGACGUACGGAAGGUUGCCAUGGCAAUUUUGUAAUUUCACUGUGAAAUUACAAAUUAUCGCUGAAAUUUCGCGCCAAAAUUAAGAAGUAAUUCGUCACCUAUGAUAUUAUGAUGGAAAAUACCCACCUUUUACUUCUUUCAAGUCAAUUAAAAAAAAGGGAAAAAACAAACACAUAUUCUUUGAGGUGAGAGUAUUAGAUGAUUAUAAUAACUCUAAAUGUUCUAAAGCGUUAUACGCUAGAUACUUCAAGUAUGAAUUUGAUAAACGCUUUCUUUAUUAGGGACAAAAUCGGUCGAUGCACAGUGUCUGAACGAACAAAUUGUGGAUUUAAAGAAAUUACCGAAAAACAGUGUGUAAAGGAUAGAGGCUGUUGCUGGGACUCCUCAAAACGCGGUGUUGCCUGGUGUUUUUAUGGAAAGUAAGUUUACAACUCCUCGGUAUUGUUUAUCUGGCUGUUUACUUCUUUGAAAGCGACAUUGAGAACUCAAGGUUGUGCAAUUCUGUAAAUUAAAUCUUGGUAUUUCCUUCCCAAACCUUCAAACUGAAUUUUGUUGCCAUAAUAUCAUCAACAUUUUACCUAUGUUUUACUGUUACUUGUGACCUUAACUUUUUAUUGAUCGUGACGUUCUGAGCACUUAAACUACUAAGACGUCAACUGUGCUGUUAUGUGGAAAUUCUAGCCAUUUUUUUAAUGUUAAUGUGUUUUUGUUUGCAAAUUUUAAACUGUUCUCAUGAAAGUUUAUAGGUUUCUCGAUUAAAGUUAUGUUUGUAUAUUUUCUUAAUUCAAAGUUUCGUUUCUGAGUGACUCAUCAGUCUUUGUAUUAUGAUAAUCGUCGCUUUUUAUCUUUUUACAGGGAUCAAAUCUGACAUUCAGACGCAACUUCGUUGCCGUGCAAUUCUUCAUCGAAUCUCUUGCGAAGUUAUAAACUUUUUUUAGAACUGUGGUGCAUGAAUGUAUGAAAUCAUUUUAGUGGGUUAAUACACGAUAAUUGGUAAUCAUGCAAUAAAACUAAAAGUGUGCAAAUUGUCUUUGUGUCUCUUUUCUUUAGAUGGGUUCUCAGCAUACUCGACUGAUAGUCACUGUUUUAUGGGUAGAUGAUGUCAUCACUGCAUGAUACUUAAGCGAUAGGUCACCCUGACUUCCUGCAGUUGUUAACCGACGUUAUUUCCAAAAUUUAUUUAUUCAUUAUAGUUAUUAUUAUUAUUAUUAUCAUUAUUAUUAUUAUUAUUAUUAUUAUUAUUAUUAUUAUUAUUAUUAUUAUUUAUUUUUUAAUGUAAAUUGCAACUUUACUCACCAAGCAUUAAGGACUCGUUUCAAUGUGUCCGUGCGUUCUAGAUUUACUUUCUAUUUGGAUUUUGGGAAUGUUUUUUUUUUCAAGGGGAAAAGAAUUACCGGAGCACCAGGAGAAAACAUCUCGGAGAAUGGCAGAGAAAACUUGAAUCACAUAUCGCGUCCACUCCGGGACCUCGAACACUUUAAAAGAGGCAAGUGCUCUAACCACUGGGCUCACCCCAGGGGUGAGGGGUAACUCCAAGAAGUUUCUGAUAGUUGUGCGCCAAAGUCUUAAAUCUUAACUAAUUUUGGAAAGGCAAUAAACUUACAUUAAUUGUCUCACCGCAUCUAAUUUUGUCAUUAGGUCAUUAGUGUGUCGCAUGACUGUAUCGUAGGCUAAGGUGCGUCCAGCGGUUUUAGUGAAAACAAGGGUUUGUGGAGGUUGCUCGGUCUCACAAAACCUCCAGUUAGGUCGAUCUUAUUUUGUAUUUGCCAACUUAUUGAGAUGACGUGAUUUUUUUGAAGUUCUCUGCUGAUCUGAGUUAUAGGAUUCAAGUAAUUUCAGGCUCAGAAAACGUUACCUUAAAAACGAUGCCACGAGAGCUACGCUGUUGGCCUUGCCAUGCUUGA